CAAUUAUUAUGAAUUCAAUAAAAUUACUAUUAUCAACUAUUAUCGGAUAUAUUUCAAUUGUAACAAUAAAUGGAGAACUAAUUAAAUUGGAUGGACAAUGUCCAAUUAGUGGACUUAAACCAUCCGCAAUUGCUAAACCAGAAUAUAUGAAAGGAAUAUUUAAUGUGGUUGAAGAAUCAAGUAUGGGUAAUGUAAGCGAAACUAAAAGUAAUGGAAGAGUCUUAUUGACACCCGAAUCCGAGCAAUUAGUUAAUAUUAGAGAACGUUAUCUACCAAAAGACGCUGAACAGUGUAGUGAGCGACAAAUUAAGCUCACUUAUACAGGCACUGUUGGAAUCUAUAAUGUAUCUUAUCAAGCUGAUGCCGAUUCGAGUUUUGAAGACGGAUAUAAAGGAUACAUUUUAGUAAUUCGACCAUACAUAGAUGAAGGACAAAUCGGUAUCCAUAUCAUGUUACUGUUCAUUUGCCGUAAUAUAUCAGACUCACAAUAUGAAUUUGAUAUUCCAGUCUAUUCACGUUCUUCAAUGUUAACUAAAAUCGUUCGAAAAGAAAUUCAAUCAAGUUUAGAAGACAAUAAUCUUGAAUCUUUAGAUAAAUAUGUUAAACGAGAAAUGCAAAAGGAAAAAUGUAAAUUUUCUGAUCAAGAAGAAAAUGAAGAUUAUUUUAUAACAAAACCGGUUAUGUCAGCUGAGAACCGCGCUAAACUAUAAAUAUCAUAAAAUUUCGUCAAUAAAAGUCAAUGAAUCUUUAUAAAAAAACCCAGGGGGUGCGGUUUCCAAAUUCGACUUACUGCUCAAAUUUUUCGAACUUUAUUCUUUCGUUUCUGCGUAUAUGAAA